AACGGCGGCGGCUCCGUGCUCCGCUGCUCCCGUGGCGGCCGCUGCUGAGGCUGCUGCUGCUGCCACUCCUGCUACCGCCGCCGCAGCCCGGCCUUGGGCAGCUACAUCCUCGGCCGGGCCGGGUCCCCGCCCCGCGCCCCGCCCGGCCCCGCCAUGGUGUCCUGGAUCAUCUCCCGCCUGGUGGUGCUCAUCUUUGGCACCCUGUACCCAGCCUACUCUUCCUACAAGGCCGUGAAGACAAAAAACGUAAAGGAAUAUGUGAAAUGGAUGAUGUACUGGAUCGUCUUUGCUUUCUUCACCACAGCUGAGACACUCACGGAUAUCGUGCUCUCAUGGUUCCCCUUCUACUUUGAACUUAAGAUCGCCUUUGUGAUAUGGCUGUUGUCCCCUUACACCAAGGGCUCCAGCGUGCUCUACCGCAAGUUCGUGCACCCAACACUGUCCAACAAGGAAAAGGAGAUUGACGAGUACAUCACACAGGCCCGAGACAAGAGCUAUGAGACCAUGAUGAGGGUGGGCAAGAGGGGCCUAAACUUGGCUGCCAAUGCUGCGGUCACUGCUGCCGCCAAGGGCCAGGGGGUGCUGUCAGAGAAGCUCCGAAGCUUCAGCAUGCAGGACCUGACCCUGAUCCGGGACGAGGAUGCACUGCCCCUGCAGGGGCCCGAUGGCCGCCUCCGACCUGGCCCUGGAAGCCUCCUGGACACCAUUGAGGACUUAGGAGAUGAACCUGCCCUGAGUUUAAGGUCCAGCAUGAACCAGGCAGAGCCCCGGACUGAGACCUCUGAGGAUGAUACAGGGGACAAGGCCCCCAAGAAGGUCAAAUCCAUCAAAAAAGUGCCCAAAGCUGAGCCACUGGCUUCCAAGACGCUGAAGACCCGGCCCAAAAAGAAGGCCUCUGGUGGGGGCGACUCAGCUUAAAGUCCCCCAGCCCUCUGCAGGCUGCAGAGCAAGGAGAAAGCCCCAGCCCCAGCCCCUGCUCUACACCUGUGCCAGUGCCCAGAAGUCUCAGGCCUGGGGGCACCUUCACAUGGCCAUUUCUGGUGCCUCCCCCAGUGGCCACUCCUCUGGAAAGGGCUUGGAAAAGAGGAGGGUGGCCCUCCUGUAGGGGUUGAGGGUAGAGGCUGGACCAGGGACUAAGGACUAAGCCACCCAA